CGUCGUCAGUCAUUGGUUCGGAGGACAGAGGGGGGAUUAAGUAGGAUUAGCGUGGGCCAAUCUGAGUCAGUAUCACGAAGUCAUCGGAGUUAUCACGUCGUGGGACUUUCGCGUCCCCUAUUCUCUACAUUUAAAUUUAUAAGAAAUACGACUUAUAUGAUUUGUUUUUCUAUUGUUUGUUUGAUGAUGUUAUAGGAUUUCUAUUGAAAAUAACCCCAGGAACAAUACCCAUGUGGCCAUGGCGAUGAAAUUUCAGUUGGUCAACUGUUGGAUGUGCUUUGUUAUGUUUAUUCCGUUUUUGAUUAUAUGGAUUAGUAAGGACUUCCCGAGAGGAAUGAAAAUGAAUCGCGUUGGGAUUUGCGUGAGAGAAGGUCCGAGGCGUCCAAAGGGAACUAAUCGACCAAACGACAACCCCGAUCCACCAGCGGCGAGAGAAAAUUGCGCUGGCAGAUUUUCCGUCGAUUCAAGACGGCGGCAGGCAACCAGAAUAAGAUCGACUGGGCAUAAAACUUUGUCGUUGCGGACAAACUCCGAAAACAUUAAAUUAUUCUGCCACAUCCCAGGGCAAAAGCAACGACUUGAAAAAAAAUCGAAAAACUUCGUCCAAAAGAGCACCAUACAGAGUGGCGCACUUAUUACAAGGAAGGGAGCUGAGGUGUAUUUGGCUUGGAGCCUUGAUUUAGGAGCUUGGUACGUGACAAAGUUGAAAAGUCGGUGACAGUGCCGUAAAAAGUCUGGAUAUCAGCCGUUGUGGUUGUUGCAGAGCGUAAAACAUCACCGUUGAAGAAGGCCGAGGAUGGUGGAGUUUUGGUGUGUUUCUUAAAAUCGACCAACUGCAAGGAAAUCGACAAAAGUACGGAUUGGAUAGGGAAUGUGAGAGGCAUGCAACACUGAAUGACCAUUAGAAAUUCAACAAAGUUGGUAGCCUGGUAAAUAAGGGUCAAUAGGGAGACAUGCACAAGUAUAGCUAAACUGAAGUAGCCGGGAUGUCCGUGGCAACAAGACCAUUUUCCCAAGCAGACAGCAGCCCUUGGUGUCAAUCUCCAAACUCGUCCUUCGUUUUCCGUGACAAGGAGUACCGGUCUGCAACCACAGCACUUGAUGAGUAUAUCAAUAAAUUCGACCAGGAUAAGUCAUGGAACAGUCCCAGUGGUGUGGGAAGUGUCGAGGAGAGCUUUGGAGGUCGGGCUGAUGAUGUUUACGAUCGCAUGUUGAAGGCGAUUAAAUCAGGAUCACCUGAUGGCAAGGAAUCUUCUGCUAAAGUUGCUGAGAUGACAAUCGCUAAUGUAUCCCGACUGCCUUCGACGCCUUCAAGACCAAAAGACGAUGAUGCUGAAACUACUAUAACAGAUCUGUUGACAGAUUGCCCAGGAUCGCGUAGCAUAUCAAGGGGUUCUCCAGUCGGCCACUCAAGCUCUGGUGGUUCCUCAGACAAGAAGUCGCACUCGCCCGAUAGAUCAAUCACACCCAGCACGACUGCUUCUCAUCGCUCUGGAUCCAGGCCGAAAGCAAGACGUUCCCUGAAUUCCCCUCUGAAUCGGAGCCCGUCACCAUUUUCGAAACUUCAUCCUGAUGUGCCGGUCCCUGUCGCCAGAGAUCCUUGUUCUCCUCUCAACAAGCUCAACCUGCCGUCCUCUCCCUUGAAACAAGCUGAGGACUAUACGAAUACGGAAAUUCUUACAAGCCGUCCAGAACCUUCCUGGGUUGAAGACCUUGCCAAAGAUAUAUCAUCAGUUAGGGAUGGUGAUGCAAAGGAUACCUUGCCUUCUAAGAUUCCAACCUGGGUGGAUGAUUUGGAUGCUUCUGCUGCCGCUGAGAAACUGAACUCUUUUCUCAAUUCUACUGACUCGACCAUCAUUGGAUCGGAGGGUUUGAAGAAUUUACCAACGUGGCUUCAAGAUAUGGACACGUCUGAUGUGUCUGCUGUGCUGAACCUGAUUGACAAACAAUUGAAAGAUCGAGCCAUGUCGGAUACACUGUCCACUAUUUCUGGUUCGUUUGUUUCUGAUGAUGGUGCGUCUGUUCGUAAAGCUGGCUUCGAUAAGCGCACCGGUAUCCCGGGGAGAAAGAUAUACUGGGAUGCAAAUGAUAGCAUUACUAAUCCUAAAAACAAACUGCUGACCCUGAAUGAGAAGGAUAAAAUUCGACAGAGACUUGUUAAAUUUGAUGACCACAAUAGUUAUCGAUUGAAAAGACGAUUGGAAAAUUCACUACCUCACCGGAUAAGUUCGGCAUCUCUUUCUGAUGAAUCAUUGCUGGGAAAGUCGGGAAGAACAGACGUUAGUACCCCAAGGUCAAGAGACUCAGUACCAAGGUCAAAAUCAGUUGACAGGCUUAGUUUCGCUUCUGCAAGAUCAGUCUCUGAUAUCAGCAGUGACACUGACUAUCUUGUAACUAUCAAGCCUCCUGUUGGAAGAAACAGAGCCAGUCCAAGUCCGUCCUUGAAUAGGUUGAGCCAGUUUGAUUCAUCAAAUCGUCUCGCAUCACCAAAAACUCACCUAGGUUCGAGGACGCUUAGAACGUCCUCUGUUGAGCCGAGGAGAGAACGUAUGUCAGAAUUCAGGCUUUCCAAAUUGCUGAGCCCUGCUGUGCCUAGGAAGCCUUUGGAACGAACCAGGUCGAUGUCUGCCUAUGACGAGUUCAAGCUGACAGCGUCGAGAGCUGGACGCACAUCUUCGCCUGUCAAGUAUAAGAGCAUGUUUCUUGAUGAUACAUCACUACACACUUCAAGGAAGAGCCCAAGAUCUGAACGUGCAGAGAAAAUGAUCCGAGAUGCAAUUGCUACCCCACUGCUUCGACCUUCACCAUUUAACAGCAACACAACUGCCAGUACAGAAUCUUUGCUCAAUGCAAAGGUCACGACACCGGAUUUCUCCAGUUUCAACUCAUCGUUUACCACAACAGAAAAAGUAAACCUUUUGGAUCAUAAACAGUAUAUCAGUGAACCAUACAUAUCUUCCAACUCUCCUGGCAGUAUGGAAGCAUUGAAGAAUAUCCUCUUCACCAUGCAGAAUGUUGCAUCGACCGCUGACAUAGUCGAUGGAACACAGACAGAAAAUGUGGACAAGGCAACCCGAAUCAUUGCCAAAGCAUUCAACAGAAGAGACCAAACUGAACCGACAGAAGAGUUCGAGAAUGAGGUUGGAGGCCAAGUGCUACAAAAGGCAUUUAUGCACCUCUCAAAGCUGAAGUCACUGGUCGCAGAAGACAUCCCAGUAACGGAAGACAUGAAGUCAUCGGGAUGAAUCAUGUGAAUCUUACAUGUGAUGGACUUUGUUGUUCCAAGUGUUGAUUCAGUGGAAGGACUUUCAUCUUAAAGGAAGUCCUUUCAUCUUAAAGGACUAUUCUGCUGACUUUUGCAGACCAUACACAUUAUAUCACAAUAGACUGGCGAUGUACACAGAUGUGGUUUUUCCAUAAGUAUGAGGAAGAGUUUACUGAGUUCACAGAGAAAAGAUGAAGUUGUUGAGACAUUUCCUUAUGUGUAUAAAUAUUUUGCUUCACACAACUGAUUCUGUGAUUUUGAAUAUAAUUAUAGUCAUUGAACCAUAUUUGGCUUGAUUCUUGCCGAGAGCGACUCGGAGAUUUGGCCAUUUAUAUUUUUGGUUGCAUUGAAUUUAGAAAUUCUAAGUAAUAGUGAACUAAUUCUUAGAUUGUACAGUAAGUUUAUUUUGUUAUAGCAAAUUUAAUAUAAUAAAAUAUUCUCU